AUAAACAGCAGAAAGUGGGCUCGAUGCGGAUUGGGACACAGCCCUGAUGGUGGGGGGUGUGGUAGCGCCUGAUAUACGGCCUCGGCUUCUUCCUGCUUUCUGCCAAAGCGCACCAAAGGCAGAAGGAGAAAACCAGAAACAUUUUCAAAUGGCCGACUGGAAGCAGAAAUGCAAUUCCGAGUGGCAGCUGGCGGCUAAAGGAGUUCCUUUACCAGAGAACGUGGACUGGAAAACCGUGUACGAAAAGAAACCGCUGGAGCGAAAUUUACUGAAGAACCCGUCGCCGCACGGUUUGACUCCUGACAUUCCGCCUCCUGAACGCGAGGUCACAGGAAUACCUCCGGACCCCAAUCUGCCACAGCAGCAUGAACCAACGGGUGAUUUCACAGGGUGGAGCACGAGUAACGAGCGGCUGCCAAUGGACACCAGUGGAAUUCCACCAGGUGUCGUGGUGUGCUAUUGGCCAAACUACAGCUGGUUCUCCAUGGAGCAGAGGGUUGAUCUGAAGGCUGAAGGACUGUGGGACGAACUGCUCGAUAAGUUCCAGCCGGACAUAGCCAUCGAGGACUGGUAUGAGGAGAGUCAACUCCAUGCCUCCAUCUAUGAGCUUCAUGUGAAACUCUUAGCUGCUGAUGGCAAAACCAUGAUUAAGGAGUACAAAUGUGCUCCCACUGAGGACCUGGAGGUCUAUUCACACAACUGGAAACAGGUUUCACACGUGUUCUCAGGCUACGGGCCCGGUGUGAGAUACGUUCACUUCAAUCACAAAGUGAAAACCAAAUUCAUGGUGGAAUUCUUUGGUACCAUGGUCACUGGUAGCUCCGUUGUCAUCAAGGCGAACAAGUCCAACCCGUGAUACUACAAGACAGCUGAAGGUCUACUGAACACCUUCCUCCUGUAUGAAAGCUAUAAUGCACUAUUAAGAGACGCCGCAAAUGCCACGCACCUUCCUGUUCUGUAACACUGUACUAAUGCAUGAGGCUGGACUUUUUCUGCAGAGGUUCAGCUCAGCUCUUCUAAAUGAAUUGCACUCUUCCGUUAACCAAAGUAUUCUCAACACAAAGGACUAAUAUUGUUGCUAGUUAUGGUUUAUGGCCAUUAUUUUCCUUCAUGAAGUCAAUUGUUGUGGGUGUUAUACCUCGGUUCCACCGGCAGAGGGAGACAAAAGACAGGAACAAUAAAGUAAGCCUCGAAUUACCUCCAAGACCUGGAAAACCUGUAGAUUUCUGUUUUAAUGUUUAUUUUACAUUCAUAGGAAAAAUUUAACAUUUUCUGUUGCUUUGGCUUUGUUUAGCAAGUUUAUGCUUUCUCAAUAACAUGAUGAGGGAACGGAUGCUUAAAACUUAAGUGACAGUAAACAACUUUCCUCACAGGCUUUCCACAUUAAAUGUAACCGUAAACAGACAUGUUAUCGAUAAAUAAAUACAAAAUGGCAAUCAAAUGGCAAAUUGUUGUGGUAUAAGAGCAAUAAAACACUUCAACAUGUGCAAA